AUGAGCACUCCUCGAGAUCAAGCUGAAUCUUCAUCCCGUCGAAAGCUUGGCCGCCGCAAAAUCCCUAUGCAAAAGAUAGAGAAUGAGAGCAACCUUAUAGUCACUUUCUCGAAGCGCAAGUCUGGAGUUUUUAAGAAAGCAAGCGAGUUAGGCACUUUGACGGGUGCAGAGGCUGGCAUCGUAGUGUUUUCGCCUGGUGGCAAAGCUCAUUCCUUCGGAAAUCCAAGUAUCAAUUCUAUUUCCAACAAGUUCCUUGCCCCAGAGAAUAUAAGCGGAGGUGAUCAGUGGAGAGAGGGUCAAGACAUGGCUUGGAUCCGACAAUAUGAGCUCAACCAUUUGGCUCGACUGGAAGUAGAGAUAGCUGCAGAGAAAGCACGGGGUGAGCAACAAGCGAAGAUGAGGGAGAAUAUGAUACCAUUAGGUAUGGAGGGGCUCAGUUACGAGCAACUCAAUUGGUUGAGAGGAGCUGUGACCACCUUUGGGAGUGGUGUGAAAUCCUGGGUGAAGAAUAUGACUAGUGGAAUGCCCGUUGGCACUCGGCCAGUACCCAAUGUUGGCAUGUAUCAUCCAUCUGGAGUGGGGUCAACCUCCAUGACGCCAUAUGAUCAAAGCUCGAGCCCAAGUGGAAGUGGUAGAAACAAUAACGGCAAUGGCGGGAACUAUGAAGGUGGUUGGUAA